AUGGAAGCGAAAGAAACGGGCUAUAAUGGAGGAUUAACGAGAAAAGCCCUGUGUAGUGAUAGGAGCUCAACUACAGAUUCUGGUAGUAGUGGAAGUGAUUUAAGCCAUGAAAAUGGUUUCUUCAAUCAAGAAAGGGGUUAUAAUCUUGGUCCUAGUGAACCAACUUUGAGCUUAGGGCUUGAAAUGGCAGAUUUGGGUGCUCCAACACUUCAACUAACAAGAAAUAUUAACCACCAGCAUCACCACCACCGCCAUCAACCUCAAAUCUAUGGGCGUGAUUUCAAGAGAAGUGCAAGAAUGAUUAGUGGAGUGAAAAGGAGUGUAAGGGCUCCUAGAAUGAGAUGGACCACAACUCUCCAUGCCCAUUUUGUUCACGCGGUCCAGCUUCUGGGUGGCCAUGAAAGAGCAACACCAAAAUCAGUGUUAGAGUUGAUGAAUGUGAAGGAUCUUACCCUAGCUCAUGUGAAGAGUCACUUGCAGUGCGGACGGAAACAAGGGAUGUAUAGAACAGUGAAGAGCAGUGACAAAGGACCAGGUCAAGGGCAGGCAGACAUGGGUUUGAACCAAAGGGCAGGGAUUCUUGAGGUGGAUGCUGCAGGUUUAUCUAGUGGAAAAGCUGAUGCCAACAACCCUCCUCGAUCCCUCAAUAAUCCACAACCAACAUCACCACUAUCCGCUAUACAAAAAAACCAGAGAAAUUCAGGGCCAUUAUCAAUGGAGGGAAAUGAGAAAAAUAGAUCAAGUCUUGAGUCUCUGACAUAUUCUAAUUUCGAAGCGCACGAUCAUUCCAAGGAGGACGGACACAAGGCAGCUUUCCACAUGGCUGCUAAUAUGAAGGAGAGAUUGGACUCUACCUCCUUGUCAUCUUCAGAUACGUUGCUUAACCUAGAGUUCACCCUUGGAAGGCCAAGUUGGCAAUUGGACUAUGCUGAAUCUUCAAAUGAGCUAACCCUUCUCAAGUGUUAA